ACAGAGACGAUCUGCUCUGUUUUCUUAGAUAUUCUAUAUUCCGGAAAAGGCAUCCCUGAGCAUCAGUUUUAAAGAUUACAUUUAAAAGACAGUAAUUAAGUAUAUCACUGAAAGGACUGCUCUGUUGGGAAUCUGCCUCCAGGGAAAAGCUACACACCCACACAUUCCAUUCAGAUCGCUCCAUUUGCAUAACUUCUUCAGCUUCUGUCACCUCACUGUCGUUAUUUAAUCUGAGCUACCAUAUAAAUAGAACUGAAGCGUGACUGCAUUAGCUAUCCACCAGGACUCUCUGCAGGAAAGUACAUCAUCAUUCAAGACCAGCUAGUACCUGUCACUAUUGAGAAACCUGAAAAAUGAGACCUAGAAUGAAGUAUUCGAAGUACUCCAAGAUGUCCCCAGCGAAGUUCAGCAGCACAACAGGCAAAGCCUUGGUCCCGCCUUGCAAAAUAAGAAGAUCCCAACAGAAGGCCAAAGAAAUCUGCCAUGUCUACUGCAUGAGGCUCCGGUCUGGCCUCACCAUAAGAAAGGAGACUGGUUAUUUUGUGAAAGAGCCCUCGAAAAGAUAUUCACUAAAAUCGAGUAGCAAGCAUAAAGAGAGCUUCGGUUCCUAUCCACAGAAUUCUAGGAAGAGAUCCCUGCUUGGCAGUAUCCAAGCAUUUGCUAAGUCAGUGGACACACUGAGUAUCCAAGGAACUUCACUUUUAACAGAAUCUUGUGCCUCCCUGAGCACAUACAACGACCAAUCUGUUAGUUUUGUUUUGGAGAAUGGAUGUUAUGUGAUCAAUGUUGAAGAUUCUGGAAAAGACCAAGAAAAAGACCAGGUGCUAUUACGUUACUAUGAGUCUUCCUUUCCUGCAAAUCAAUCAGGCGAUGGUGUGGAUGGGAAGAAGCUGAUGGUGAACAUGAGUCCUAUCAAAGACACAGACAUCUGGCUGCAUGCUAAUGACAAGGACUACUCUGUGGAGCUCCAAAAGGGUGACGUCUCGCCUCCAGAGCAGGCCUUCUUCGUCCUUCACAAAAAGUCCUCUGACUUUGUUUCAUUUGAAUGCAAGAAUCUCCCUGGCACGUACAUAGGAGUGAAAGAUAACCAGCUUGCUCUAGUGGAAGAAAAGGAUGAGAGUGGUAACAAUAUCAUGUUCAAGCUCUCUAAAGUGUAAGGCCACACAGAGCCUGUGGGUUCUGGGUUGACUGACUAAUGUUUCCAACUGAAGAAAAGCUAACAGAGAGAAAGAAGGCCAUUCUUGGUUUAAGAUGAUGUGGCACGUUAUACGGAAAAAUUCUUUUAUUUCCUUUUGUACAGCUACACGCUCAGUAAACACAUGAAUAUAUGACUUAGGGCAUCACUAAAGAAGCGAAAAGAGAUUCAGCCUUGCCCUUUCCUUUUUUCUGCUUUGAGUCCUGUAUGAAAUCACACUCACAGGCCUCUUCAGAAGAGCACGCACCACAGCUCAUGUUUUGCAUUUGAAAGGGUCCAUUUCAAAAAACCUUCAUAAAAACAAAACAAAAACAAACAAAAAACACCUACACAAUUUUCCUUGGUUCUAAACAAAAGAUUGUAGUUCUAGAGCAGUUAGUGGGAAGACCAGCUAGUGGGAGGAUCAUUGUUUCUCAGAAUAAAAUGCCAAGUGCCUCAGUAGAUGCCCCCAGGCACCCCUCAGAUCAGCCCUUUCCGUUGUAGCUCUCCAGAUGCCUACACACCUAGACAGACAGGAUAAAUGCGGGGAAAGGCAGGAUAACUGGGAGACAAAGAAACAGAAAGUCUGUGUUUGUGAAGUGGAG